UGUGCAAAUACGAGCCGGAUGGAAGGAGAGCGAUGAUGACGUCCUUACUUCUUGAGCGAUUAGGGACGUGAUUUUCUUCUCGAGUUGUAACGCACGGGCAUGUGUCCUAGUUUAGGGGAAAAAAAGAACCGGAAAAGGAGGGUUUGCGCGGGCCGUCUCCUGCAGUCGUGCUCUCGCGCGCUUCGCCUCGAAGAGCCCAGCUCCGGCCGGUCGAGCGCCGUACCGCAGAGGAGAAACCACGCCGCGCAGCCGUGGGGACUGGGCAGGAGCGCAGCCGCGGGCCGGGGAGGAGUUCCAGGCCGCCGAGGGGACUCAAAUGGUGGCGCGCUUCGCUCCCCGCGUGAAACCUCAUCGUCUCGGUCGCUCCAUGUGGGCGGAAGCUGCUCCUCUUCGUCCCGAACCACACCCACCGCCCGUCUUCUCCGUGCUGCCACUGCAAGACCUCAACGCCCGCCUGAAGCGACUGGUCCAGUCGGGCCGGCUCCUGGACGCGCAGGCCCUGUUCGACGGGGCGCCGCACCGCGACGAGGCCUCCUACUCCGCCCUCCUCGCGGGCCAUGCCGCGGCGGGGGUUGUCGCCGGCGCGAUGGCGCUCUUCUCCCGCAUCCGCGCAUCCUCGCUCCCGGCCGCUGACCCCUUCGUGCUCAGCCUCGCGUUCAAGGCCUGCGCUGCGGCCGUCGACGCCAGCCACGCUGCGUCACUGCACGCCUUCGCCGUCAGUUCCUCGGCUGUCUCCUCCGUCUUCGUCGCCACCGCGCUGGCCGACGCCUACGCCAAGGCCGGCCGCCUCGCGCUGGCCGACGCCUACGCCAAGGCCGGCCGCCUCGCGCUGGCACUCAGGGUGUUCGACGAAAUGCCGCUCAAGAACGUGGUCUCCUGGGCCACGCUCAUCUCCGCACUGGCGCGGGCCGGCCGCCGCCACGACGCGAUCCGCUGCUUCGCCGAGAUGCGCGCCUCCGGCAUGCCCUGCGACUCGCACGCCUUCGCGGCCGCGCUCACCGCGUGCGCCGACACCGGGCUGCUGUCCGCGGCCGUGAGGUGCACUCGCUCUGCGCCAAGCUCGGCUUCGACGCCACGCCCUACGUCGCCAACGCACUUGCCACGCUGUACGCGCGCUGCGGGGACGUCCACCGCGCACUGGCUGCGGUCGGCCGCAUGGGCUCGCGAGACGUUGCCGCGUGGACGACUGUGAUAUCCUCCUACGCGCAGACUGGUCGUGCCAAGGAAGCCAUCCUGGCAUUCGUCGCGAUGCUUCGUGACGGGGCAUCAAACGCGGCAAGGCCCAACGAAUACACAUACGCUGCAGUUAUUGCUGCGUGUGCAAAUAUUUCGUGUGUACAUCUUUGAGAGCAGUUGCACGCGCAAGCUGCACAAAGAGGGUUCGCCAGUUCGCGCUCGGUGGCCAAUUCACUCGUCACACUCUAUGCCCGCGCCGCCGGUCGUCUGUCUGCAGCCGAUGCCGUGUUCCAGGAAAGUGCUGCCAAGGAUGUUGUCUCUUGGAGUGCAAUCAUAUCAGGCUAUGCACAGGAAGGGCUUGCCGGGGAGGCUUUCGCCCUGUUUACUGAAAUGCGACGGCACCAUUGUCCUCGUCCGAAUGAGUUUACUCUUGCCAGUCUCCUCAGUGCGUGCGCAACUGCUGCGUCACUGGACGCUGGUCGCCAACUCCAUGCACUUGCUGUCGCUGCUGGACUUGAACACCAUGCCAUGGUCAGGAGCGCGCUCAUUGACAUGUAUGGAAAGAGCGGCAACAUGUCAGAUGCUGAUGUUGUACUCCCUCCGUCCCAUAAUAUAAGAGCAUUUUUGACACUAGCUAGUGUCAAAAACGCUCUUAUAUUAUGGGACGGAGGGAGUAUUUUUGAAUCACACGAAAGAUGAUGUGGUUUCAUGGACCGCGAUGAUCGUCGGGAAUGCUGAGCAUGGCCACAGCAAAAGGGCACUUGAAUUGUUUGAGGAAAUGUGCCGUGUUGGGCUAAAGCCGGACCAUGUUGCGUUCAUUGGUGUGCUCAGUGCUUGCUGUCAUGCUGGGGCAGUUGAGCUUGGAUUGAGGUACCUCAAUGCAAUGAGCAAAAGCUACGGACUGGAGCCGUCAAAGGAGCACUAUGGCUGUGUCGUGGAUUUGUUGGGCAGAGCUGGUAGAAUAGAUGAGGCUGAGGAGUUGAUUGGUGGUAUGGCAGCUAAUGAAAGAGAUGGAGUUGUUUGGACAUUUUUGCUUAGGGCAUGUGCAGCUCGAGGGGAAGAGCAAACCGGGAAGAAAGCUGCAGAGAGGGUAAUGGAGGCAGAGCCAUGGGGUGCAGGAGCACAUGUGGCAAUGGCAAAUCUAUACGCCAGCAAGGGACAGUGGUGUGAGGCAGCACAAGAGAGACAUAUGAUGAAGCAGAAAGGGGUUGUGAAAGGAGUAGGCUGGUCAUCAGUCACAGUUGGAGGGGAGGAGAGGGGAGUUGGGGUGUUUGUUGCAGGUGACCGGACACACCCCCAAGACAAUUUGAUCUAUGAGAUGCUUGACUUGAUUUACUAUGGAGUUGGAAUGGCUCGGUAUGUACCCGAUCAGAUGAAUUUAGCAUCUGAGGUAGAGCUAAUGGUUAACACUUACAGUAGUAGUUAUAACUGAGUAAUUUCAGAAGGAGAUAGGCUUGAAAAGAGAAAAAUAUAUAUAGAAGUCCUUGGCACGAUGAGCGCUAAUGCAGCCAUGCGACUUAAAAGUUCUGCUGCUGUGCUGAAGUACUGAUUUAAUACUAGUAGUUCUUUGGUAUUACCACUGGGGCUUUGAUCUUGGUACACUUUUGAUAAGAUGGUUGAUUGCCUGCAGCAUAUAUGUAUGAGGCAAGAGUUCUCCGUUGAAGCUUCAGCGCUCAGGCUGGUGCCAAAAGUAGCAGUUCUGUGUCUACCACAGAUCAGAGCAACAAAAGUUCUGAUAUCUGCAUCAGAAUUGCAUUGAAGAUCACUCCUUGCUCUAUGGACUAAUACAUGUUUGCGGCAUUGCACAAAGGCUUGGACCAGACAAUGAUGUGACGGGGGAUUGAUGUCUUUUUCUCUCUUAAGAAGUGUGUGCCUCACUGAUCCCCUUCUUUUGAAGGAAGCCAGGCCACAUUAGAUGGCACCCAAAGUCGUGUCAACUUGUAUAUCAUACUAAUUGGUAACUGAUGAGAGUUUGGAAGAAUAUGUUUCUUUUGUUGUCGACACUACGGUUAAAAGUGGAAUCUCAAGACAACUGGAGGCUUUUAACUCAGGAUUCAGUCAGGUAUUUCUACUAAGCACACUUCAGGUAUUCUCAGAGGAUGAGCUGGAGAGAUGACGCUGGAGAACAAGAUAAUUGGGAUCAGUCCUGCAAUCAUUCUCUCUGAUGAUGACCUGCCGAGUGUGAUGAUUUGUGCUAACUAUCUCAAGUGACCUGCCUACUGCACCAAGGGGAUUCAUCGAAGGAGCAAGGGGAGCAGAGCUGACAAUUCUUCUCCAGGGGAUUCAUCGAAGGAGCAAGGGGAGCAGAGAUUAGGUUAGUAGUCGGACUUAUCUUCAGGUGAAACUCUUAGAAGAAAAGGGGGUUUGAUACUACUAUUAUUAACUUGAGAACGCAUUCCCCAAUAAAGGAAAAACAACCAGCUAACAAUGUCUGCGCAAGAAUUCGUGCACUAGAUGAUUGCUCGUAAUCUUUCGGCGGGAAGGAAGCGAGUUA